CUAACAGAAGAGGAAAUGAUCGCUGCUGGCUUAGGUUCAAGAGAGCGGGACUACUGUGCUCCGGUCCUAAUGGCCUGGAGAAAAUGCAAGGCUGAGCGAACUAUUUUCUACCCUCUCUUCUGCCUCCACUUUCGUCACGCCUACCUCGAGUGCCAAACGAAGGAUCAGAUUCUGCGAAUGAAGGAGUACGAACGCGAACUAAGGCUCAUGCAGAAGGAGCGUGCUGUCGCGACUGCCGAGUAG